GUUGGAGGUUGGGGCCAGGAGUCAGGGACGCGCAUCUGUGUAGUGUCUGCGCUCGUUCACGAGCAUGUAAACACCUGAUCACUGCAGGGGACCGAGCCCGCUGAUUCUUUUUAACAAGGAAAGCCCGGAUCCAUCGCGGCGCCCCCUUGUUGAUUACAGUGCGGUGUUUCCUCUGCGCAGAAUGACGGAUAGAGAGGUGUCUGGACUGGAGGAUCAGAGCGAGGACAGCGGCCUGCUGCUGCGGGGCUACAGGCGGCUGACUCGGCUGUACUGCAUGAAUGGCGGACACCACCUCCAGAUCGUCCCCGAUGGCACAGUGCAGGGCCUCAGAGAUGACAGGGACGUUUACACUGUUUUAAAGAUAAAAUCCGUGAACAGAGGUGUGGUGGUCAUCCAAGGAACAGAAGCUGGGCGAUAUCUGGCUAUGAACGAUGAGGGGCGUUUAUACAGUUCACCCACAGUCACUGAUGAAAGUUACUUCCUGGAGAAACUGGAGGAGAACCACUACAACACGUAUCAGCCUCAGAAAUAUCAGGACAGGACCUGGUACGUAGCCUUGAAGAAGAAUGGAAAACCUAAACUGGGUCCAAGAACUCACAUCGGACAGAAGGCUGUCUUCUUUCUGCCCCGUCAGUUGGAUGACUCUGGAGAGUGAGGACGUUUUAUCUCAACGCACUGUGGCACCUGAACCAAAAGGACCUGGAACCUGCUAGAGGCUGGCUAUGUUUUCGUAAAUACACAUUUCAUUAGCUAAAAUCACUAUUUGUGCUGGUAACAAGGUGAAGAGGUGAAAGAAGCGGUGUGAAAAUGUAUUGGGAAAAGGAGUGGCUGCAGUUUUGUUUAAGUACUGGUCUUAGUCUUAGUGAUGCAUUAGAGCUAAGAUACUAUGCACUUUUUUUAUAUCAGCUCUUUGUUCAAAUUAGCCUGAUAACAUCCUAGAAGAUGGAUCUGGAUGCAGGUAUAGAUCAGGAAUUGAUAUAAAGGAUCACUGAAGUGGGAAAAAUGUUUUUAAAAAGGCCAAUUUUUUUUCACAAACCAAUGCACUUUUACUUGAAUGUUAAAAGACAUGCAACCCAUCUAAUCAGAUCUAUAGAUGAUCCAUUUUACUGGCUUGGAUAAUCACAUGCAUCGAGUCCGUUUUACCGGUAAUUUGAUUAUUCUGUAGCAGAUUAGAACAUACUGAUGGCUUGAAAAGGCUUUAGAGCAACUUGCUGCCCUGCAUGUGUGACAAAGGUUCAGAGUUGCACCUUUCUCUGCCUUAUGGAUGUUGCUUCACAUUUUAUAUUUAAUGCCCCUACCCCCAAUUGCUAUAGCUUUACCCUGACUAAAUAACCCUUCUUCCCAGAUUGUGAAUAUGUGGAAAUUGUGACUGUACAAUGUAUGACACUGGAUAUCGUUGUAGGAUCAGGAAUCCAGAUAACUCAGGCUUGACACAUUAAAGGUGACAUUUAUUUAACACUAAAUGUUUUCUGUACAGUUUAAUAACAAUCAAAACCCCAAGGUUGCAGCUAUACAUCACAAUGAAAUAAGCACAAUGGGUCUGUAACAAAGUCAUGACAGAAGUAUGUCAAUCAUCAAGAACUCUGUUACUCCGAGGUGCCGCUUCCUCCAGACUCUAAAAUGGAAACAAAAAGCAUAACUUCUUUCUUCUUAUUUGUCUGGGGCUACAAACCAUGAUGGGAGCAAUCCUGUGGGUUUUAUAGCUUUCUAAAAGUGCACCUGCAUUCUUUGACAUAGUUUGAUAGAAGAUGGCUAACCUCUUACACCCUAUGGAAAAAAAAAAAUUCCCAUCCACUUCUGUUCAUUUAAUGUUGAGGCAAAACAUCCAGCUGGAAAUUGAGUUUUUCUGCUCUAAGAUAAUAUGAUGCGAAUGUCUGAGCAAGAUCAUUAUCAGCUAACAUGCAGACUCUGUAAUCAGAGGUCUUUCGCCGCCAGCGAAUGUGACACAGGUUCACCGAGUUGCUGAAAGGUCACGCUAUUAAAGCAUUAAUGAGCCUUUUGAAGAAUUGAACUAGAAAAAGUGCUCAGACACCUAUGGAAAUCAUCCGGGUUACUGUCAUCAUCCAAAGUUUUAGCAUCCUUCACCAUCAAUGGAGCUGCUGUGGCAGUUUGUUACUAUUAGCUGCAGCUUGUUCUUGUUUAAAAAAA